CCGAGCUCCACCCCUCGCAUUGCUGCCCCGCCGCCUGGCCCCGGCGGACCCGCGACCUGCUACCGACCAAUCUGCCUGGCACUUACCUGCACCAUGUCUGGUUUCUCCAGCGUCACCGCUAUGGAGAAAGUGGUUCAACAGCUCCGGCUGGAGGCCGGGCUCAACCCCGUGAAGGUUUCCCAGGCAGCGGCAGAUUUGAAACAAUUCUGUCUGCAGAAUGAUCAGCAUGACCCCCUGUUGACUGGAGUAUCUUCAAGUACCAAUCCCUUCAGGCCCCAGAAAGUUUGCUCCUUUUUGUAGUAAAAUGAAUUUUGAAGGUGUUCUAAACCACUUUUCUUGAACUGGAGAAUAUU